UAAAAGAUAUAUCUGUAUACCUAUUUUUCAAUUUAUAUACACUCUACGUGCAUCUAUAACGACGAAAUUUUUUUAUUCAAAAACGUAAAUUUGCUUUGAAUAUUUUUAAACUGUAGCCGUACAAAAAAUUCACCUAAUGUUAUUAUCCUUAUAUUUUUACAGACUUAACCAGGAUGUUUGUGUAGAUGAGAGAGUUGUGGGAUUUAAAGGCCGACAUCAGCUAAAGCAAUAUUUGUCCAACAAAAAGGCUCAUAAAUGGGGGAUUAAAUUGUGGGUUUUAGCGGAAUCCUACACUGGCUACACCCACCAGAUUAAAGUAUAUACGGGUAGAAGAAACGAAGCAAGAAGUGAAAAUGGGCAGGGGUACCAAGUAGUGACAGAGUUGAUGACACCUCAUUUCAACAAAGAGCAUCAUGUUACAGUUGAUAGUUUUUUCACAAGUCCCAAAUUGGUACAUGAUUUGAAAGAUAAUGGUACAUUCUGCACAGGAACUGUAAUCAAAACCAGACGUGGCAUGCCAAAAAGCUACAGAAAUGUAAAACUUCAAAAAGGAGACAUGACAGUGAAAUAUCAGGGACAACUCAUGGCAGUUUUAUGGGCAGAUCGCAGACUGGUUACCAUUCUUACAACAACUGGCUCUGCAUGCAAGAUUAACACAACAAACAGUAGAGGAACAGAUGUGGCCAUUCCAUCCCCUGUUAAGCGUUACAACUAUACUAUGGGUGGAGUAGAUCUCGGGGAUCAGCUUAUUUUACAAUUUGAGCCGAAUUUCAAAAGUGUGAAAAUGUGGAGAAAGCUACUAUUCCAUCAACUAGUUACAGCUGCAGUUAAUGCUUUCAUCUGCUACAAAAGAACAUUCGUCGUGGAAACAAAGCUCGACCACCUAAAGUUUCACCAACAGUUAUGUCAGGACCUUUUAGGCAAUCACAGAGAUAGGACAAGAAAUCAACAAAUUAGAACCGUAAGACCGGUACAUCGGCAGUUAGCCAGAAUCACAGAGAGGCACUUCCCGGAGAAAAUACCGGAUGAGAAACGAAAGAAAUGUGUAGUUUGUGCUGGCACGGAAAGAUUCAGAAAAUCCCGGAUUCAGUGGUGGUGUGCAACUUGUAAAGUCGGACUCUGCAUCGACGGAUGUUUCAGGAGAUACCACACCCGCAUUAACUUUGAAGAAUAAGAACACUGCUAUU